AUGGAAGGGACAGACAUGUACCUCGAUGUAAUGUUUCUAACACGCGUAAAGUUUAACCGAAUGAUGACAUUACUCGUCACUUGUUCGCACGGUAUGGACAGACUCAUGUACUUCAUCAUUUCGAAAGGAAACAUCAUUGAUGUCGGAUUCUUCCGACCAAACCAAAGAACCAGAUACACUUUUCAAAUUUUGGUAUCCAAAAAGCUUAUCCCUGAAUCAAUGUUGUAUUUAAUUGCUUCCGCAAAUGGUAGAGUCAAGUUGAGUCGUAUAAGAGUAAUGGUCAAUGAAUUUGGUAACCCUAUUGAGAUUAAGAUCGAAGAGAACAUCAGUGAGGAUGGUAUUGACCCCGGGGACGAAUUUGAGCUAUCGAUCCGUGGUCGUCCUGGAGCUUUCAUAGCUUUGAUAGCAUAUGACCGACGAUUUAUGCAAUACAUGGCUCAAAGAAGGCGUAUAAGUUACCACGAUAUCUAUCAUUCCGAUGUUUGGCUUAUGUUUUCCAAGUUUCAUCCAUAUAACUUUGACAUCACUGCGGCAUUAGGCGCCCCUGCUGAGUUUUUUGACAGUCUGGAAACAAACAGUCGUGAAGGCGAGUUUAAAUAUUAA